GGGGGAGAGGUGGACGGCCGGGAGAGAAUGCGCGCGCGCGCACUGCCCAAACCGAAGCGCCUCGUAUAAUAAGCGGCGGCAGAGCUGUAAGGGAAGAUACCAUCCGCGGACAACAGGUUGAGGACGGAGGAUAGUACAAGGAGAGAGGAUGUCAUCACAACACCUUUUGUGUUGAAUAGUCAUUGGUGCUAGAAAACAUCUAAAAGUUAGUACCCACUGGUUUCAUUCUACUCAAAUGCCCUAUCAUUGAGAAUCCAAACUGCCAAGUGUCUAAAGGUAUUUGAACUGCCUCUUGGACCAAGGAACACAGCUGCCUGGUAUGUAAAACUGCACUUCAACAUCAUUAUGACAAAUCAGGAAAAGUGGGCUAACCUCAGUCCUUCAGAGUUCUCUCAGCUUCAGAAGUAUGCUGAAUAUUCCUCAAAGAAAAUUAGGGAUGUUCUGGAGGAAUUCCAUGGUAAUGGUGUGCUAGCAAAGUACAAUCCUGAUGGGAAGCAAGAUAUUCUUAAACAAACUAUUGACCUGGAAGGAUUCAAAUUGUUUAUGAAGACUUUUCUAGAGGCUGACCUUCCAGAAGAGUUUUGUGAACAUUUGUUUACAUCAUUUGGUAACAAAGUUCCUCAUAGCAGUCCUUUGGUAAAGACUAAGCCCCAGCUCCUCCCAGGAGGUUUACGAAUAACUAAAAGUAUGACUGGAUCACGACAUUCAGCUCUUUCUACUUCUCAUAUACCAGAAGUAAUCCAGUUAAAAGAUAUUGUUUGCUAUCUUUCCCUACUUGAAAGAGGAAGACCUGAAGACAAGCUUGAGUGUAUGUACUCUAUUAAUGUGAAAGACGAUGGACAGCAUGUAUGGAGACUGAAACACUUCAAUAAACCGGCUUACUGUAAUCUUUGCUUGAACAUGCUAAUAGGAGUAGGCAAACAGGGCCUCUCAUGUUCCUUCUGCAAAUACACAGUCCAUGAACGUUGUGUUUCCAGAGCACCAGCUUCAUGUAUCAAAACAUAUGUGAAAUCAAAAAAGAACACUGAGGUGAUGCAUCAUUUCUGGGUUGAAGGAAAUUGCCCCAAAAAGUGUGAUAAGUGUCACAAAACUAUAAAGUGUUAUCAAGGACUGACUGGACUUCAUUGUGUUUGGUGCCAGAUCACAAUGCAUAACAAAUGUGCUUCACACCUAAAACCUGAAUGUGACUGUGGUGCUCUGAAGGAUCAUAUUUUGCCACCCACAACAAUCUGCCCUGUAGUAUUGACUCUACCCCCUUUAGGAGGCUCACUUCCUGAGGAACGGCAAGCAACUAUGAAAAAAGAAAAGAGUGGCUCUCAGCAAAUGAACAAACUAUGUGAUCGGAACAAGAUGCAGCGAGCCAACUCUGUAACUGUAGAUGGGCAAGGCCUUCAGAUUACUCCUGUUACAAAUACUCAUCCACUUCUAGUUUUUGUGAACCCUAAAAGUGGUGGAAAACAAGGAGAAAGAAUUUAUAGAAAAUUUCAGUAUCUUUUGAAUCCUCGUCAGGUUUACAGCCUUGCUGGAAGUGGACCAGUGCCGGGAUUAAAUUUUUUCCACGAUGUUCCCGAUUUUCGCGUUUUGGCUUGUGGUGGAGAUGGAACUGUAGGUUGGAUUUUGGACUGCAUAGAGAAAGCAAAUGUGAUCAAGCAUCCACCAGUUGCCAUUCUGCCCCUUGGAACUGGGAAUGAUUUAGCCAGGUGUUUGAGAUGGGGAGGAGGAUAUGAAGGUGAGAAUCUUUUGAAGAUCUUAAAAGAUAUUGAAAACAGUACUGAGAUCUUACUGGACAGAUGGAAAUUUGAAGUAAUACCCAAUGAUAAGGAUGAGAAAGGAGAUCCAGCACCAUACAGUAUCAUCAAUAAUUACUUUUCAAUUGGAGUGGAUGCUUCAAUUGCUCACAGAUUUCACAUCAUGCGAGAAAAACACCCAGAGAAAUUCAACAGCAGAAUGAAGAACAAAUUUUGGUAUUUCGAAUUUGGCACUUCUGAAACUUUCUCAGCCACCUGCAAGAAGCUGCAUGAAUCUAUAGAAAUAGAAUGUGAUGGAAUCCAGUUAGACUUAAACAAUGUUUCCCUGGAAGGGAUUGCUGUUUUGAACAUUCCAAGCAUGCAUGGAGGAUCAAAUCUUUGGGGUGACACCAAGAAAAGACGAAGCCAUCGUCGCAUUGAAAAGAAAAGAUCGGAUAAAAGAACCACUGUUAUUGAUGCUAAGGAACUGAAAUUUGCAUACCAAGGUGAGUGGCCAAGUGGAAAUGAAUAG